UUUUCGUCGAGUAAAAAGUCUCGCUAUACCAUCAUGGCUCUGCGUCUUUCUGAACUAGCAGUCCUGUUGAUUCUGAGUUCUAGAUAUCCCGACGUCUCUGGUGAGUUGCCAGAUUGCUUUAGUAAUCCUGUUGGUGUUGCAACUCCCAGUAUCAUCUUUGAUCGUCAGAUGACAGCAUCAUCCAGAAAUAGGCCGUCUACCAGGGCGGCUUAUGGUCGCCUCAAUGAUAAAAGAGGCGACGGUUGGUGUUCACUUGAGGCUAAAAGUAACGCUGAAUGGCUUCAGGUUGACAUCGGAAAAACAAUUCAGGCAUGUGGUCUCGCCACUCAGGGAGGCGUACCAAGCGCGAGACGGGAAUGGGUAAAAGAUUUCAAGCUGGAUUACUCUUUUGAUGGAGAAAAUUGGAAGAAUUAUCGGGAUGAAAAUGGAGAAGUAAUGGUAUUUCGAAGGAUGGUUAACAGUUCCAAAACCAACCAACACAAGUUGCCACUGCCAGUAUAUGCAAGGUACUUCCGAUUUCUUCCUACACGGCGUCACGAAAGGAACUGCCUCAGAGUUGAGAUUUACGAAUUCAAAAUCCCAGGGUGCCAGGAUAUAGAGUUAGGACUUGGCAAUGGAUACUUUCUGGAUAGAGACAUCAGUUCGUCCUCUGUCCUAAAUACCAAUACACCUGCUAAGAAUGGUCGAUUGAACUAUACUGGCGGAUCAUCAUGGUGUGCAGCAACAAAUGACAGUCAGCCAUAUCUACAGUUUGACUUUGAGAAGCUUUAUAUCAUCUGUGCUGUGUCCACUCAGGGAAAUUCUCAAGGGGAUCAGUGGGUAAAGAAGUACACACUUCAGUCAUCCAAGGAUGGGACAACAUGGACAGACUAUCGAGAGGCAGGAAUAUUGAAGAUCUUCACCGCAAAUAUUAACCGAAACAACACAAAAAAACAAACUUUGUGCAACGGGAUUGUUGCUAGAUUUUUGCGUAUCAUUGCCCAAGAACACUACGGAAAUUGCUGUAUGAGGGUAGAGACAUUUGGAACACCGCUGACACAAGACAAUCUGGCCCAUUGGAAGCCCACAAGUCAGUCAACUAUUUUUAAAGAGCGUUUUGCUAGUAACGCCGUCGAUGGACUCUUUGUAGAUUCAGGUCCUUCCUGUACUCGGACAAUACUCCGAGGCACUACUGAUCCGUGGUGGAGAGUCGACCUUGACCAAGUGCAGCCCGUUUCCCAGGUCUUCAUACUCGGUAGAGAUAAUAUUGAGAGAAGAAUAAACGGUACUGAGAUAACAGUGGGAAAUGAAACCUCAAAAGGAGGAGCAGCUAAUAGCAUUUGCGUCCGUGAUGUUCUCGUCCCUGAAGGAAAGGGAAAGUUUUUUCGAUGUAAUAUGACGCUGUAUGGCAGGCACUUAUUCAUCCGGAUACCUGGAUCAUCAAAAAUAUUGUCCCUAUGUGAAGUUGAAGUUUUCUCCUCAAUAAAAUCAAAUCUUGCCUUGAAUCAGUCUCCUAAGCAGUCUUCCACAUGGACUAACACUGUGUUAGAUGGAGAUAUUCGUUCCUGUGCUAAAGGCACAUUUCAGAAGGACCACUGGAUGAGAGUAGACCUGGGAGUACCGCGGGUAGUAGCUAAGGUCGUUAUUAGUCACAAGCGUAUGUGGAUUGAUGGCCUUGAAGUCUGGAUCGGUCAUGACAGUGGCAAUAGAGGCAAUUCAAACUUGCGUUGUGGAGGACAGGAUACUUCCGAAACAGCUUUUUCGGUUAAAACAGCUUUCUCGUUAAAACAACGGACCAUUUUUUGUCUUCCUAGGCUUGUGGGAAAAUUUGUUUUUAUUGGAGUUUCCAACGCUGACAAAACUCUCUACCUAUGCGAGGUGCAGGUUUACUCUCAAAGCUCGACAAGAAUGGCUUGUCAGACACAGGCAGUUGAGGUGGCCAACAAAAACAUCUUCCUAGAAAAAAGUUUCUCAGCCUCAUCAUUCCGUGAAGGUGAUGAACCUUACAACGCGCGCCUACGGAGUGGCAUGGGUGCUUGGUCCCCUAGGGAUAAUAGCAAUGCUGAUGAUUACCUGGAAAUUAAUCUUGGAAACGUGUUCUUCAUUUGCGCUGUGGCUACCCAAGGAAGUCCACAUCGUAAAGAAUGGACCAAAAGUUACAAGCUCUAUUUGUUCCUUGAGGAUUGGAUGAUCUAUAAAGAGAAUGACACGGAAAAGAUUUUCAUUGGCAACUCACACAGGAAUGAAAUAGUGCAACAUGUUCUGGUAGAGGUGGCAAGAGCUCGGAUCAUUCGGUUCCAGCCAGUUGACUAUCAUAUUCACAAAGCUCUUAGAGUAGAAGUGUAUGGAAUAAGAAUACCUGCAGGUUCACCUGCACCUCCUAUCAUUGAAAACCAGGAGCAGGAAAUGUCGUAUCCUAAUUUGUCCAUAUCAUGGAGUUCUGGUGAUACUAGCGGCUGUCCAGUUACUAUGCACACAGUGUACUACAAGUCCAUCAAACUGCGAGAGGAGGGAAAUACUUGGAAUCGUAUCAAUGCCUCUUCGAGUACGAGAGAGCUAAGUGCCCUACCACUUGAUUGUGACACAGAAUAUGAAUUAAGAGUGUCUGCAUGGAAUGAACUGGGUGAAAGUAACCCUUCAGAGUCCUGGAAAGUGAAAUCCAUUACAGGGUACCCAAUCAUUGUCAACAGGACCAACCAAGUGGUAGGGAGUCUGGUGGCGAUCCGUUGGAAGCCAUGUACUGCUUCUUUAUUCACUAUAUGCCACAGAGAAAUACUUCCAGAGGGUAAAAGCCUCUGGAACGCAGUGAACGUGUCGGGAAAUGAAACAAGUUAUGAUCUUCAUCUCAGAUGCCGAAGGGACUAUGAAAUAGCUAUAACAGCUUGGAAUUCUACAACAGAGACGCCGCUGAUUGCAUCACUAAACCACAGAAGACUGUGGAGCGUUAGGACCUUAGGAGGUAAACCGUCAUCCCCGAUUAUAGACGGCAGAGGUGUUCAGUUGUCCGGUUGUGAUGUGAGCAUCAAAUGGAGUUCCCCACCAGAUAACGGCUGUCCGCUGACCUUGUACACAGUAUACUACAGAGAGGUGCAAUCUACAAGCGAAGAUGGCUACUGGCAUCAAAUCAAUGUUACCGUAAAUGUUACCUCAGUGGAUCUCCCCUCGCUCAAGUGUAACACGGAAUACGCUUUUAAGGUGUCUGCUUGGAAUGACUUGGGCGAAAGUGAGGCCGCCGAGAGGUUGGAAAAAACCGUGCAGAUGACUAAUUUUAUUAGACGCAUCCUGACCAUUGCUGUACCUGCAGGAUGUGGGUUCCUCAUUCUCAUUACUGCGGGAAUCCUUUGCUUCAGACAGAGACGAAAAAAGAGAAAAUUGCAAGGUCUGAGGAAUCGCAGAUCGAAGUCAGACAUUGUUCCCCUGCUGUUAAAAGAGAUUUCCCCGGAACGUGUCACAAUUAUGGAAGAGCUAGGCAGGGGAGCAUUUGGAAAAGUACACAAAGGAAUCCUGAAAGAAAUGCCGAAGGUUGAGGUGUUUUUUAAGCCAAAAGAGGAAAGAGUGGAUUUUAAUGAAGGAAGAGUUGUCGCUGUAAAACUCUUGCAUAAAAGAGGUGAUGUAGAUGAGAAAGAACAGUUUCUCAGAGAAAUUUCGUUUGUGCAGCGUAUAGGAAGUCACAGGAAUUUGGUGAGCAUGAUUGGGUACUGGCACAGGUCAGAACCCAUAAUGCUGAUCAUGGAAUAUGUUCCACAUGGAGAUCUUCUUCAGUGGCUGAGAAACAAAAGGCAGCAGGGCAAAUGUAGAAACGGCAUCGAUGGUGUUAUUUUUGAAUCCAUGGACGAUUAUAAAGACAGCAGUGAGAGUUCAAAAGAAGCUGUCUCAGCUGAUCAGUCAGAGGACGUCGUAGACUUUCACGAUGAUGUCAGUAAUGGAACGGAACUCACGAGUGUGGCGGAAUUUACCGAAGCUACCAGCAACCCAGAUUUCAUUUCAGUUAUUAUUAAAGAACAACCGCCCACAGAAGAGGAAAGUACUGACACAGAAACAAUACAAAUGAAAAUUUCCCAAGCUCAUUUUCCAUCUGGCCACGAAGAAGGGAAUCUCGCUACUCCAUUUAAAAGUGCACGCCCCCUGCCACAGCCACCAGAGAACACAGAGGAACAACAGGAAACGAAUGGUGAUGGUGAGCAGGCAGUUGACUUCACCGUAAAAGAUGUACUUUGUUUUGCAUGGCAGAUAGCAAAUGGAAUGGAGUACUUGGCCAGCAACGGAUUUGUUCAUCGUGAUCUGGCCGCUCGUAACAUCCUUCUUGGUGAGGACAGAGCUGUGAAAAUUGCUGACUUUGGCCUGUUGCGUCACACAUACGGGGACAUAUAUGAAGUAAAGAACACGAAGAAACUGCCAAUCAAAUGGAUGGCACCUGAGUCAUUCGGCGACGGCAUAUUUACUUCCAAAAGUGACGUGUGGUCUUUCGGUAUACUUAUUUGGGAAUUGUGCACAUUGGGUGGCAUCCCCUACCCUGGAAUACGCAACAGAGAGUUGUACAACCUUCUUAAGUCAGGAUAUCGAAUGGACAAACCAGGGAUAUGUUCUGAUGAGCUAUACGAGUUGAUGUUAGACUGUUGGAAGGCAGACCCCGAGGAGAGACCAUCAUUUGAACAGCUGCUAACAAGAAUGGAAGAAAUGAUGACGAGGGACGCUCCUUACUUCGAUUUUAAUAAAGACUAUAAAAGUGAUUCUUCCGACUCGGAGACAAAACCCGACAAUGAUCAACUAAAUGAAUGAUUGUGGUUUAGCUGGAUAUCAUAGGUUUUCACGAGAAACAUGAAGUUACUGUAAUUUAGAAUAAUCAUUAAUUUGUAGUGAUGUUAACAAGGAACUUGCUGUCACUAGAUGUAUAUGGAUAUCAUAUGCAGAUUGAUUUCUCCUUUGGGACAAACGUUCGCUCGUAUAGAUAGAAACAACAAAGCCUUGUGAAUAUGUUUUUGAAGAUUUAAGAACAACAAGAUUGAGUUCAUUGUUGAACUGUCAACUUGAUAGGAAAAAGUAGGAAUAGCUAUCAAAGAUGUGAUCCUCAUGCCUGCUUGAUUGAAAUGCUCCAAGGGAAGGGUCAAUAAUUCACUAAACUGAGCGAAAAGACAUCAACUGAAUUCAGAGCAUGAUGAUACAAUUGAAACAUCUAACUCUAAACAAUUGCAGGCUGAAAACAUCAAUACUGUGGAAUUUCAUAAGAUGGUUUGUAACUAACAUAUAGAUUGUUAAAUAUAGAUUUUGCAAGACGUUACAUCAGCGUCACACAUCU